AUGAACAUUAACACUAAAUUCACGAACGAAAUCAUACUCCUCGAACGCACUUACAAUCAUUAUGUGCAUUUCUUGUAUGGUCGUAAGUACAGGAGAGAAGUGAAAGAAGAUGGGAAAAAUCUGAAGGACGAUGAAAGAAAGAAUACUCUAGCACGUAGACGAAGGCUUAUGAAGGCUCGUGCCUUACACGCAUCCCAACACAACUUCCCAUCUAGAUACCAGAAGAUUCUCAAGGCUACCAAAGCCCAUAGUGACGAUGAAUGGUCGCCAAAGUUACAAGCUUAUGUAGUAAAAACUCCUGUCUAUCGGUCUGCUAAAGCUGGCAUCUUCAUGCGAAGACUGGAUCAUCAUAUGAAAAUAUCAGCUGAAAUCAACGCCGUUCAAAAAGCCAAGCCCCGUCUUUUGGUAGCUCAAAGACUCAUGAUCGCCGAUUGCGACAACGUCGCGCUGUUGCCCAACCCCGAAAUGUCCCUCUUAGGUAAAACCCAUCCUGACGAGCGAAAAAACGAUAGAAAAUUCACUGAAAAGUAUUGGUCGGAAGCAACUAAGCUGUACGACUUGGACCAUUUCAAGCACCCCGAAGAGGACGAGGAUUCAGAAUCGGGAGAUUCAACUGAAAAGGGUAGCAGUGUUGAUUUGGGAGAUACUGAUGGUGAAGAUGACGAGGAUGAAGACUUUGAAGAAGAAGAACUUGAGGAAGAUAUUGAAAUUGAGGACGACUUGGAAGAUGAGGCUGACGAGGAAGAUCAAGGCAAGGGAAAAGGAAAGGCGAAGGGAAAGGGGGCUUUAUUUGUGGAUGAUGAAGAAAUGGAGGAUGAUUGUGAGGACGAUGCUCGGGCGGCGAGAUUUGAUGCUUGGAAUAAAGUUUGA